AUGAAGAAGUGUUUGGAUAUACCGUUUCCAACACCGCCAGGACAUGAGAAGAUCAUGUUCUUCCAAGGAGCAGCACCCGAUGUAAGCAGUAGCAAUCUUACGGAAUCGACUACUGCAAAUAGUGGCGAUGUAUGUAAUUGGAAGGAUGAAAGGAAUCCAGUCUUUACUGCCCGUUAUCAAGUAUUGGGAGUAGUUCGGCAGCAGGGUAUCGCUGCUGCUGUUGAAAGUACUGUUGGUAGUGGUAGUGGUGCGUCUAGCGGUCUUAGGAAACCGGAUGGACUGAGGGGUUCCAUGACCUAA